GGACGGCAGCCCGGCUACAGUGAGCCCUCAGGCGGAGGACAGGCAGCCCGGCCACAGUGAGCCCUCAGGCGGAGGACAGGCAGCCCGGCCACAGUGAGCCCUCAGGCGGAGGACAGGCAGCCCGGCCACAGUGAGCCCUCAGGCGGAGGACAGGCAGCCCGGCCACAGUGAGCCCUCAGACGGAGGAGAGGCUGAUCUCCCGGCCACAGUGAGCCCUCAGACGGAGGACAGGCAGCUCGGACACAGUGAGCCCUCAGGCGGAGGAGAGGCAGCCCGGCCACAGUGAGCCCUCAGACGGAGGAGAGGCUGAUCUCCCGGCCACAGUGAGCCCUCAGGCGGAGGAGAGGCUGAUCUCCCGGAGAGAAACCGCGCGGCUCCGGGGACAGAGCCUCUGCUUGGCGCGCUGUCCGCACACUUCAAACAGACACCCGGCCUCUUCAUCCUCCUCCUCCUCCUCCUCCUCCUCCUCCCUGUUGGUCGCCAUGAGCCUCCCCUCCAGCUCGGCGGCGGCGGCCGAGCUGUACAGCGACGGCGCCUCCCUGCUGUCCCUGGACUCCAGCGUCUUCUACAGCGAGACGCCGGCGUCCUGCGGCAGAGACCCGCUGGACUUCUUCAUCAUCAACGUGGGAGGGAGUCGCUACGUCCUGUCCCAGGAGCUGCUGGCCUCCUACCCCGAGACCCGGCUGGGCAAGCUGGCCUGCUGCAGCCGCGACUCGGCGCUGGAGCUCUGCGACGACGCCGACUUCCUGGAGAACGAGUUCUUCUUCGACCGGAGCUCGCAGACCUUCCAGUACGUGAUGAACUUCUACCGCACAGGUCACCUGCACGUGAGGGAGGAGCUGUGCGCGAUCUCCUUCCUGCAGGAGAUCGAGUACUGGGGCAUCGACGAGCUUCUCAUCAAAGCUUGUUGCCGCGAGCGCUACUACCGCCGCAAGGAGCUGAAGGAGAGCCUGGACGUGGGCCACGAGUUCGAGGCCAGCGACAGCGGCGACGAGGACUUCACGGGCGCCGCGUGCCCGGGCCUCCGCCGGCGCCUGUGGGACCUCCUGGAGAAACCCGAGUCCUCGCGCGCCGCUCGCACCUUCGGCUCGCUGUCGGUCUUCUUCGUGGUGGUGUCGGUCAUCAACAUGGCGCUCAUCUCGCUGGACUUGGGGGAGGAGUCGGACUGGAGCUGGAGCGUGGGCGCGCCGCUCCUGUUCGACGCGCUGGAGUACGUGUGCGUGGUGUGGUUCACCGGCGAGCUGGCGCUGCGCUUCCUGUGCGUGAGGGAUAAGUGUCGCUUCAGCCGCAGCGUGCCCAACGUGAUCGACCUGCUGGCCAUCCUGCCCUUCUACGUGACGCUGGUGGUGGAGAACCUCCACGGGGAGACCACGGAGCUGGAGAACAUGGGCCGCGUGGUGCAGGUGCUGCGGCUCAUGAGGUCGCUGCGCAUGCUGAAGCUGGGACGCCACUCCACAGGCCUCAAGUCCCUCGGCAUGACCAUCGCCCAGUGUUACGAGGAGGUCGGCCUGCUCCUCCUCUUCCUCGGUGUCGGCAUCUCCAUCUUCGCCACCAUGGUCUUCGCCUUGGAGCACGACUUGCCCGGCACCACCUUCUCCAGCGUGCCGGUGGCCUGGUGGUGGGCCACCACCUCCAUGACCACGGUGGGCUACGGCGACAUCCGGCCCGACACGGCGCCGGGCAAGGUGCUGGCCUUCCUCUGCAUCCUGUCCGGCAUCCUCAUCCUGGCGCUGCCCAUCGCCAUCAUCAACGACCGCUUCUCCGCCUGCUACUUCACCCUGAAGAUGAAGGAGGCGGCGCUGCGGCACGGCGAGGCGCUGAAGCGGCUGACCCGCGGCUCGCUGGGCGAGGCGGGCGAGGGCGGCGGAGGAGGGGGCGUGAACCUGCGGGACGCCUACGCCCGCAGCGUGCUGGAGCUGCUGAAGCUGCAGGGCAGGGAGCGGGCGAGCACCAGGAGCAGCGGGGGGGACGAGCUCUGGUGGUGA